GUGGCCGAGCGAGCCGGGGAGAACCGGCUGGAGCACGUGGAACCAGCCGUGACCCAGGGCGCGGGCUGGCUCCUGCGUGGCUGUCACAUGGGAAACGUCGCUUCUUUUAUUCUCUAACCGAGCUGAACUUCGCUUCUUCUUUUCUCCUUGAAUUCUUCGGCCUUGCUCGUUUUAUUUCGCACAAAGUCGCUGGAGGGCAGGGCGGGCAUUUCCACGGGGCAGAGAAGGGCGGUUUGGCACGGUGCUGCGCUUCGGGGCCGGGCGCGGCCCCGCUCCGGGAGGCGGCAGCUUCUGAGCGCGGUGGUUUUAUCGCGGUUUGCUUCGGACCGGGAGCGGCCGGGUGGGGCGACCACGGCGAGCGGCACAAGCCGCGCUCCCUUCCCGUGCCGCCUUCCCGCGUUCCGUUCCCGCGUUCCGUUCCCGCGCUCCGUUCCCGUGCCGCCUUCCCGCGCGUUCUUCCCGCGCUGGCGGGCGGCGGGGGCGGGGCCCGGCGCCUCAGCCAAUGGGCGGCGGCGGCGGCGGCUCGCGCCGGGCCAUGGCGGCGGCGGGGAGUGAUGGCGGCGGCGCUGAGGGCGGCGGCGCCGAUGGCGGGGACGGCCCGACCCCGGGGCGCUCCGAGCUGUUCAGCACCGUGGUGGACACGUUCCUGGAGAAGCUGGUGGCCGCCGGGAGCUACCAGAGGUUCGUCAGCUGCUACCGCUGCUUCUACAAGCUGCAGCCGCAGCUGACCAGGAGCAUCUACGAUCAGUUCAUCUCCCAGCUGCAGGCGUCCAUAAAGGAGGAGAUCCAGGAGGUGAAAAAUGAAGGGAAUCUGGAGGAACUCCUCAAUUCACUGGAUAAGAUCGUGGAGGAGGCAAAGGGCCGGGAAGAGCCAGCGUGGAAGCUGCGCUGCAGCUGCAGCGGCGCGUCUGAGGCUGCCUGCUGCAGCUUUGGGCAGCCCAGCAGCAGUGCAGGGCUGGGUGCUGCGUUGCAGGCGGCCCAGCGGGAGCCCGGAGCGGGACGUGCGCGCUGCGCUGGCGCCCUCGCUGCUGCAGCACCGCGCCCACCUGCGCCGGGCGCUGCGGGAGCGGCAGCAGCGCAGCAGCGGGCUGGCCGAGGCCGUGCUGGCGGGGAGGAGCAGGAUUGCAGAGCUGCAGCAGCUGAUCCAGGCUCGCCAGCAGGCCUGGCAGGCAGCCAGUAAGGAGCAACGAGAGCUCAUCAUGACAUUCCAGGAGCCCCAGUGAGGCCAGGGGAUGUCCCACAGGCUCUGCUGGGACAGGUCAUCAUCCCAAAGCACUGAUGGGACAAGGUACCCAGACUGAGAAUCACCCCAGCAGGCCACUGGAGACUGCAGAGGGACUGAAACAGCUGCUGGACUGGCACAGUUUGAUCAGAUUUGGGGCAGAAACAAAAAAAAAAAAAAAAAUUGGGAUCUUUGCAAA